AAAUUUUAUAGUUAGUAAGCUUUGAGAAAUAUUCGAAUUAUUAUUUACAUAUUUUAUUUUUAUUUUUUUUUUAGGUUUUAAAUUGAAAAUCUUUUUGUAAAUGUAGCGUCGGUUUUUUCUUUAUGUACAACAAUAAUUAAAUUAAAACUUUGGUUAAACUGUAAAUGAAUAAUUGUAUAUAAAUGGAUAUUAAAAAAUAUUGCUGCAAGAAAUGUAAUAACAUACCAACCGAUGAUAUUCUUAAAUGUAUAGAGAACCAUAUAUUUUGCUUAACUUGCGUUGGAUUGCAUUCAAAAAGGUGUAAUAUGUGUGGUAACCGUCUGGCACCAGAUAAGAAUCAAGCAUUCAAAGAUUUAAUUUAUAAUUCUGGAAAAAUUACUAUAAAUGAUCCAUGUACUUUUAAAAAUCGUGGUUGUACUUGGACUUUUCCAUCACCCAAAGAAAUAGAUGCUCACAUAAAAGAAUGUAAAUAUCAGCCAUACGAGUGUAUUGGUCAAAAAUUGGGAAUUUGGAAAUGCGCAUGGAAAUCUUCAAAGCAUGAAAUUGAAGAUCAUUUACUAAAAGCUCAUAAAAAUAUUAUAAUUAAAGCGUAUGAAUUUCAAGAAGAAUCAUCGGUUUUCUUUAAUGAAACCCUAUUCAAAAAUGGAUUUAAACAAAUUCGUUUAAUUCGAGCCUUUAAUAAGAGUUUUAUUUUUUUGUAUGAAAUUGAUAACAAACAAAAACUUAUUUUUAUUAUCAUAUUUUUAAUGGGAAGAAAACAAGAUGCUGCAAAAUACAUGUACAACUUUAGUAUUAUAUCAUCAAAGGAUGAAUCAAUGAAGAUAAAAUUUGCUCUCCCAUGUUUCUCGGAUAUAGAUGAUAUCAGACAACAUAUGGAAAAUGGCGAGUGUGUCUGCUUACCAUUUAACGUUGCUGAACAGUAUUCAGAUAUUGAUAACAAAGCUCUAUCAUUCUUUUUUCGAAUGUCGAAAAGAGAAACAACAGAAUAACAAAAAAUAUCUUCUUAAUUUAUAAAUUAAAUAAACAUAAACUCCAAAAUAUAAACAAAUUUUUAUUCAAGACAAUUGUACGCAA